UCUUUUUGCAGUGCCCUAUCACCCGUCACUAGUCCAAGGAAUAGCAUUCACUCCAGCUUCACAAUGAGUUGUUUACUAACCUUGGCUGCCUGUGAGAGCAGUCAGAAGAGAGCGGAGAAAAAGGAGAAUAAACAAAAUGAAAUCAGGGCAUGUGAGCUGUUUGGCUAAGUUUUAAAAACCAAAGUUUAAAAGCAGACUCAGGAUCCCAAGCAGAGGGCUGGAGAAGGCUGGGAGAAAAGAAACUGACCACUACUUGCCAUCAGAAAGCAAAGCUGAAUAAUUUGUCCACUAACAUUGCUCUUCCUCCCAGACAGAAGACACCCCGAAACCUUUUCCUAGCUGAAGGGCCGGCACUGAAGAUAGUUCAUAUAAGGAAGCAUCUGUUUAUGCUGUAGAAAACAUCUGAAUGUUGGCUUUGAACUCAUUUGUCAUUCUACUCAGCCGGCAGGUAUCAGAUAAAGGAUGACAGGACAUCACAAAUAUGAGGCACCAGAGCUUCAAGCCACAACAUUAGAAUUCUUAAGGAAGAGUGCGCUCACUAACUUAUUUUAUGGAUGCCACUGAAUUCAGCUUUGAAGGGCUCCAAAAACACAUCACAGACCUGGAAUGGGAAACCACAGCAAUAAUCACACCUGUUUGACAGAUGAUUCCUUUAAAUACAACCUGUAUGGGGCCGUAUACAGCGUGGUAUUCAUCCUUGGCUUGAUCACAAACUGUGCCUCUUUGUUUGUUUUCUGCUGUCGAAUGAAAAUGCGAAGCGAGACAACUAUUUUCAUGACAAACCUUGCCGUCUCUGACUUGCUCUUUGUAUUCACUUUGCCUUUUAAAAUAUUUUAUAAUUUCAACAGGCACUGGCCUUUUGGGGACACUCUUUGCAAGAUUUCAGGGACUGCAUUUCUCACCAACAUAUAUGGCAGUAUGCUGUUCCUCACCUGCAUUAGUGUCAACCGUUUCCUGGCUAUUGUCUACCCAUUCAGAUCUCGUACCAUUCGGACAAGGAGAAAUUCAGCCAUUGUGUGUGCAGGAGUCUGGAUACUAGUCCUCAGUGGAGGAAUUUUAGCCUCAUUAUUCUCCACAACCAACGUCUCCAACACUAGCACAACCUGCUUUGAGGGUUUUUCCAAAAUUGUUUGGAAGACCUAUUUGUCUAAGAUCACUAUAUUUAUUGAAGUGGUAGGAUUCAUAAUUCCUUUGCUAAUCAACCUCACAUGCUCUUCACUGGUUCUGAGGACUCUCCGGAAACCUGCUACAUUAUCUCAGAUUGGGACAAACAAAAUGAAAGUACUAAAGAUGAUUAUUGUGCAUGUGGCCAUUUUUGUAGUCUGCUUUGUGCCCUACAAUUCCAUACUUUUCUUAUAUGCUCUUGUGCGAUCUCAAGCCAUAGCAAACUGCUCUUUGGAGAGAUUUGCUAGGACAAUGUAUCCAAUCACAUUAUGCAUUGCAACAAUGAAUUGCUGCUUUGACCCCUUCAUUUACUACUUCACAUCAGAAUCUUUUCAAAAGUCUUUCAAUAUACACCCCCAAAUACAAAUGGACUCCAUUUCCAAGACUGAAACACCUCUAACAAUGAAGACCGCACUGCCUGCAAUACAGGAGGAAGUGAAUGAUCAGGCUAUUACAAAUGGAGGUGAUCCAACUGCUGAAUCACAUUUCUAAUGGCUUGUCUACAUACAGAGUUAUUCCUGAUUAAUUAUCCCUGAUUCACUCCCAGGGAUGAAAGUAAGCUGGUACGGGCUGGUAUGGUGUACCGGUAAGAAGCCAUGGCAGUGCUUUAAUGUCACUGCCACUUUUGCCCCCCGUCAGCAGCCCUGCUAGAAGGGACCCUAUCGGCAGGGCCACCAACAGGACGGGCAAAAGAGGCAGCUGCCCCGGGGCCGGUGAUUUAAAAGGGCCUGGGGCUCCUGGCCACUGCUACCACGUCAGUGGCCGGAGCCCCGAGCCCUUUUAAAUUGCCGCUGGAGCCCCAGGCAGCACGGGCCAGGCAGCG